AGCUUGGCAGCCGCAAAGUCCCUUCAUGAAUACCCAGAACUAGGCAUCACGCACAUUCUUUCCGUCUGUCCAGAAUAUCCAGAGGCCGAGGAGGCUCGCAAGGGCGCAACAAUUUCAGCCAUUGCAUCCCGGCCGUCCGCUCAGCACCCAACACACCGUUGUAUUUCAAUUGAGGACUCGGAAUUUGAGGAUAUCCUUACCCACCUCCCAGCUGCAGUCGCUUUCAUUAGAGAUGCCCUUGAACCACGCCAAACCAUUCCUGGGGAUGAUGACGUCCUUGUCCACUGCGUCAUGGGUAUAUCGCGUUCGACGACAGUAGUCUGCGCGUACUUAAUGGCGACGCGCCAGUUAUCUUUCCCGGCCGCGUUAAUGUUUAUUCGGAAGCGUCGACCACGCGUGCAUCCAAAUUACGGUUUUCGUCGACAGCUUCAAAUAUUUGGCGAAUGCGGCUAUUUCAAAAAUUACCCUGCGCCUGUUCAAACUCAUCCGGCUUUCACAGCCUGGCAGCGCAAGAAGAGGCGCGAAGUAUGCAGAUACCUAUCUAGAAUCGAGGACGCUAUCGAGAUUAAGCUAGACAAUGAGGACGAACCACAACUAGCAAUCGCAGAGUGCGUCCUCAGUCCUCUUCUCCUUGCUCUCCUCAUAUUUUCAGGAUGCAACCUCUGA